CAGUAGUUUCGUAAUGGAGCCUUCGACGCAAAAGCAAACGGACGUGUUUCAGACACUCCGCCAAAGCAUUCGAGACUUCCAUGUUACGUCGCAGACGAUUGACCGGAUCCCAGUGCCCUCGCCGCUCGUCUUCUACCGCGACUAUGUCAGCAAGAACAAGCCCGUCAUCAUCACAGGAGCGAUCGACCAUUGGCCUGCACUCGAGCGCUGGACGGACGCCUAUCUCGUCGACAAGCUCAAGGACAAUCCCGUCACAGUGGCAGUCACUCCGAAUGGCUACGCCGACGCCAUCUUGAAGGAAGACUUGUUUGUCAUGCCGGAAGAGCGCACAAUGACAUUCGCUGCGUUUCUCAAGCUGCUCGAAGAUAACAAGGGCAAAGUGUCCUUCGACAAGAACAAGAUGGAUGUCGACGCCGAGAUUGCCUACGUUUCCAAACAAAACGGCAACCUCACUUCUGAAUUUUCAUCACUCUUGGACGAUGUCACGCCCGACCUUCCUUUCGCCACCGAGGCUCUCGGCAUGAAGCCAGAUGCGGCCAACAUCUGGAUUGGAGAUGCCCAGUCGGUCACCUCGUUGCACAAGGAUCACUACGAGAACUUGUACGCCGUCGUGGCUGGAAGCAAAACAUUCACCAUCUACCCGCCCACAGACGUGCCAUACCUGUACUAUCGAGAGUGCAAGUGCUGUCGCUACGUUCCCGUCCGAGAUUCGGCGGCGGACAAUCGGGUUGUGCGGUGGGACAUUGUGCCAGAGCCCAAGCAAACAAGCGACGAUGAGCCUUCUUCUUCUUCUGCGCCAACGGAAGCUGCUGGUGACAGUAGCACCCCAGCGCCUGCGCCCCAAACGACAGGCGCCGCUGACGCUGAGGCAGACUCGUUUGAAAAUUGCCCCACCAUUCCCUGGAUUCCCGUCGACCCUCUGCUCGUCAACCAACAUCGCCACGUGCAAGAGUUUCCCCUUUUCUGCUACCAUGCAACCCCGCUGCGUUGCACCAUUCGUCGCGGCGAUGUCCUGUAUCUGCCUGCAAUGUGGUACCAUCACGUCCAACAGUCCGAGUCGUACAUUGAAACGCCCGUUGCCAACCCGGCCAAUUCCGACGAGCUGCCUCCUACGCCGCAGGUCUUUGACGCCAAGCGCGUGAUUGCCGUCAACUUUUGGUACGACAUGGACUUUGGACAGCAGUUUGCCUACUUUCAGUUCCUCGAAAAGUGCGUUGCAACCCUGCCCCCUCCGCUCGUGUUCGACGACGGCGGCGACGACCACAGCUUUGGAGGCGAUGGUUCGGAUCAAGAGAGCGAUAUUGGUCCUGAUGACAUUGACUACUCUUAUCGAGAGCCCGAGAGUGAUGAUGAUGAAGCGGCUUCGUCCUCGCAACAGCAGCAAGCAUAAUUGUAUUCCAACAAACGCAUUUGGUUGCGAGUGGGGGUGGUUGAGAUUAAACAUGUGCACAUACAAACCCCUCCCCCC